GUUAGCGAUAAGGAACCAGAACUUCUUUCUGCAACCACCACGCUAAGAAUGCGGCCCUUUCUUCUCUUUAUCCUUUAUGGUUUAGCCAUUGGCAUUGCCGCUGCUGCACCUUACGAGAUCCCACCGAACUGCAAGUCCCUCGAGUGCCCUUCAUAUGAUGUUGUGGACAGUCAGAAUGAGUUUGAGAUAAGGCACUACAGGAGCCCCGUGUGGAUGUCUACCCAACCUAUAAGGACUACCUCCUACACCGUAGGGUCCAACGAAGGUUUCACCACACUCUUUUCCUACAUUCAAGGGAACAAUCAAGACAAUGCUAGAAUAGAGAUGACGGCCCCUGUUCUGGUUGAUGUUUCUCCAUCCUCCUACGUGGUGAGCUUCUACGUCCCUCAGAAGUUCCAGGCUAGACCGCCAUUGUCUGCUGAAGCCCAUGCUGUGAGAUGGCCGGGAAGCCGUUAUGCCGCCGUUCGGCGAUUCGGAGGCUUCAUGAACGAUGCGAACAUUGCCGUUGAAGCAGAUGCAUUGAAGAAGGGCCUACAGGGCACCCGGUGGGCGUUUGUUGCUCCUGGGAGCCCCGCAACUUACACAGUUGCUGGGUAUAACUCUCCUUUUGAGUUUGACAACAGAGUCAAUGAAGUGAUGUUUAUAUUUGAGCGCGAGUAAUGAUAAAUUGAGCAGCUAAAUUCUAGCUUGCUACGCGUUUACUAGUUCAGUAUAUGGUCUGAAAGUCAGAUGUGUAAAGGUCUGGUGUCUACCAUGCCAAAGUAGUUUUUGUCGUGUCUCUUCUUUUCCACUAAUGUACUUCCAUGUUCUUAGGCAUUUUAUCAAUCCAUAAUUUCAUAAGAUGUA